GAUUGAUUUUUACUACAAACGAACUGACAUUUGCAGAAUUCGUUAUAAUAUCAGCAAGAGAACGGGAUCAGCAAUAUGAAGAUAUUCAUAUUUCUCUUCGGUUUCAUGCUUUUGAGUUUGUCAUUUGCUGACCAAUACACGGAUAGAUACGAUGAUUUUGAUAUAAAAGAACUUACAUCAAACAGAAGGUUGUUGUCGUCGUACUUAAAAUGCGUUUUGGAUCAGGGUCGCUGCACUCCCGAAGGAAAGGAACUAAAAUUGCACAUUAAAGACGCCAUGCAGACUGGAUGCGAGAAAUGUACUGCAACACAAAAAACCAAAGCACGCAUAGUAGUUGCCCAUAUUCGUGAACACGAGAACACGUUUUGGGAAGAACUGAAGAAAAAAUACGAUCCGGACCACAAAUACAAGGAAAUAUACGAAGGUUUUCUUAAUUCGGACGUUUAAGUAGCAUAAUAAUUUACAU